UCCAGCCAUAAUCAAAAACCGUUUUCACUAGCUGUCCUCUUUCUUUUUUAAGAUUAGGCCUACUUAUUCCAUGGAAUAGCAAGAGCACAGAGACUGUUUUCAUUAACCCAGUUUUAUAGUUGCUCUGUCACCGCUUCGGCUCGAAACAACACGGGAUAUCUUGUUAGAGUACACGGUUUUCGUUAACAGGGUUGGAUAGUGGGUAUAGGAAACACUAACAUUGUAGAAGCGGAAUUGCUAUGACUGGAUCCAGGUGGAUUUUGGCUGGAUGCUGAUGUGUUGUAAUUUGUGCGACUGUUUUCUGAGCUAAACUCUGUUCAGUGCGAUCAUUUAUUCACGCGUAAUUUGUAAUAUUACGCAUUCAUCAGCCACCGGCACUUUACAGAUUUGUAUGCUUUAUGCAUCUAAAUUACAGAUGACAAUGUUGCAAUAAUUUAGUAUUUAUAUAUAUAUGUGCCUUUACUUGUCGACACCCGCGAGCAGCGCCCUGGGGUUACAACGGAACGCAAAGUUUUGGAAACAUUCACGGAAAGCUAUGGCAAUGGUAACGUGGAGAAAUGGCGAGGAAGAUGUCACCGGCGAAUCUCAAGGCGGAAUCUCUUCUCCAGUCGCUCAAGUUGGACCGUUAUCCCUCUCUACCGACCUAACAGGUCACCUCAACCCGACAGCCUCCUUGGAUGUCCCCACAACACCCCAGACACCCCAAGGUGCUCCUUCAAGUAAUACAUCUCAGUCUAUUAACAGCCAAACGUCGACUAACUCGAUGGACAAACAACAACCGCAGCAAAUCGAGUGCGUAGUGUGCGGGGAUAAAUCCAGCGGGAAGCACUACGGCCAGUUCACAUGUGAGGGAUGUAAGAGCUUCUUCAAACGUAGCGUUAGACGGAACCUCAGCUACACCUGCCGUGCGAGCAGGAACUGUCCUAUUGAUCAACACCACAGGAAUCAAUGCCAGUACUGCCGCCUCAAGAAAUGUCUCAAAGUGGGCAUGCGGAGAGAAGCCGUUCAGAGAGGGAGGAUGCUCCCCACGCAACCGUACCACGGCCAGUUCUCCCUAACCAACGGAGAUCCCCUCCAAUGUCACUCCUAUCUAUCUGGAUACAUCUCCCUUCUUCUCCGAGCCGAACCCUACCCCACAUCCAGAUACGGCACUCAGUGUAUGCAGUCCAACAACCUCAUGGGGAUAGAGAACAUCUGCGAGUUGGCCGCCAGGAUGCUGUUCUCGGCGGUGGAGUGGGCCCGGAACAUCCCCUUCUUCCCGGAUCUCCAGGUCACUGACCAGGUGGCCCUGCUCCGGCUCACGUGGAGCGAACUGUUCGUACUAAACGCGGCCCAGUGCUCCAUGCCGGUGCAUGUAGCUCCUCUCCUGGCUGCGGCAGGGCUGCAUGCCUCCCCAAUGUCCGCGGAGAGAGUCGUGGCCUUCAUGGAUCACAUCAGGAUUUUCCAGGAGCAGGUGGAGAAGCUGAAAGUUCUGCAUGUCGACUCUGCCGAGUACAGCUGCAUAAAGGCUAUAGUUCUCUUUACUUCAGAUGCGUGCGGUCUGUCAGAUGUCGCUCACGUAGACGGUCUUCAAGAGAAGUCCCAGUGCGCUCUGGAAGAAUACGUGAGGAGCCAGUAUCCUAACCAACCUACUCGUUUUGGGAAGCUAUUACUCCGUCUGCCCUCUCUACGAACCGUCUCCUCGUCGGUUAUAGAACAGUUAUUUUUCGUCCGUUUGGUUGGAAAAACCCCAAUAGAAACUCUCAUCAGGGAUAUGUUGCUUUCCGGAAGCAGUUUUAAUUGGCCUUACAUGUCGAUGCAGUAAAAAAGAAACACUCCAGGAACGGAAUCAUAGAACUAGAAUUAUUCUGUCAAUGGAACCUGAACAGACCGCCAUGAAAAAGCACGAGGAGACGCGGGAAUGAAAUGGCGGGGAUCCUCCUCACAACUUGUGAUUUUGGGAACAACAUAUAGUAGACUAUUUAUUGGACCCUGUAUGUAUAUUUAUCGUGCUUGUUAAUGAUGUUUGAGAAACUUGUUUUCAGAUACAUUUAAGAAAAUAAAAAACUGUUUUGAUUUAACCUGGAUAGUGAAGGAUAUACCCGAGAAUUGUUUUAGUUGUUUUCCUAUGUUGUCUGGUGUCCAUACAUAUUUUUUGUCUUAUAUGCACCAAACAUGGCACUAAAAUCAUUAGGCCUAGUUACUUUCAAUAUGUCAAUAGAUAAAUUAUAGCCUACCAUAUUGCCAAUUCUUGCCAGCCUGCCACUACCCACUGACAGAGAACCGUAUUUAUUUCAUCUUUAAAUAUAAGAUAUUUGGUCACUUUCACUUGGUGGUUGCCUGAGUUUUUACAUCGUUAUUACUACCCUAAUAAUAUCACACAUUUCACAUCACUCCCCAGUAAGAUAUACUUUCGGGAUUCUACAUUGAAUCAUAUAUGUUACGUCAUCCGUCAGAGAGAUUCAAUGAGCAGGGUGGUUGGGAAUGACUUGAUAAGUGAGUAAAAUACGUCACUGCAGGGUAUUGCUGCGAAUACGGCAGCUGAUGUGCUUGCUCACGUCCGUGCGCGUGUGCGCGCGUUUUAUUGAUAAUAAUUAUGAUUUAAGUUUGUUGAUUUUGAAAAACCACACUGAUGUGAUUUACUGUGAAAAGUGUUGCGUUAAAUUAUGAACAAUGAUUUAUAAAUAAAAGGUAUUUCUCAUUUA